UAGCCCACUCCAGGAUUGGUCUUCAAAGAACAAGGCCAUGUUCUGCUAGUCCAUGAAUUUAUUGAAAACCAUGAUAUGGAGGUCCAAUGGAAGAAACCCAAAACGCUAAUGGAAGAUUGAAGAAAAGAAAAAGAAAAAAAGAAAAGAAAAAGGAAAAGGUGAUAUACUCAUAGAGAAAGAUUCAUUGAUCGACGGAGAAGAAGAAAGGAAAGGACCAGAUGCCAUGGACCGUAUGGACGCCGACAUGAUGGAGACGGAGGCCACCACCACAGCCGCCGCCGCCGCAGCAGCAGCAGCAGCGCCAACUCAGCAGGUAGGACAGAAUGAUAUUGGUAAGGACCUGCUUACAAUGGCUCGUAAUCUUAUUGAUCAAGGCAAACCUUCUCAGGCUCUUCAAGCGGUGGUGAUGGCUGUAAGAACUAGAGGCGGCGAUGAAGCUGUGUUUCAGUCAUUGUACCGUGCUCGUGAAGUGUACAGAACUAAGCUGCAAGAGAGCACGGCAGUUGAUCAGAUGGCUUCUCUGUUUGCUGAGUGUGCAAUAGCUGAAGCACAGCCUUUGAAAACAGAACCAGUACCAUGCAACCCCAAUGAUCCAACGGUUGCAUCAGAUGCUCACGGGACUUCUAUACUUGCUGAAACAGGUAGAAUGCAAAUCGUACUGGAUGCAUUCUCGGAUGGAAGCAGCUUUAUCUGUUUACAGUGCGGUGGUCUCGUUAGUAAUCAUCGUAAAGAUGAGCAUUAUGCAUACUGGUGCUGCAAUAUGUAAAUUUGCUCACUUUAUAGAACCUCUUGCAAUGCUUGCUAUGAGACUCAUGACAUUGGUGUACCAUUUGAUAAUCAGUAUAAAUUGUCAUUUUACCAAUCAAAA